AAGUUGAUGCAGCAAGUGAAGUUCGCCUUUCUUUUUUAGAUGCCCUCUUUAUGAUAUUUUGCAUUAGAACAUGUUGUCAACUCAAAUGGAUUGCAAAUGCACUAACUAAACACUUUAACCAAAUCUUUACUUGACUAAUACAUACAUUCUUCAUGGAUCCCCCACUUCUCAACCAACUGUCAUCCUAAAAUCUACAUGAAUGUGGAGAGUUUGAACAUUUAAACUGCAAUUCUAGUUGGAUGAACAUGUAGUCCAACUUUAUAAAUAGCAAUGUUAUCCUGGCAAAUUGCAAAGAAUCAAUUGAUUCCUAGGUUUCUUUGGAAAAGUAAUGAAAGAGAUGGAAAACAGAAAUGGUGCACAAGAAGCUUCCAAGGGAAAGGCCAACCCUGGAAAAGCUACGAUUUUGGCUCUUGGGAAAGCAUUCCCUCCUCAACUUGUCCUUCAAGACUACCUAGUCGACGGCUAUUUCAAGGACACAAGCUGCGAUGAUAUUGAUCUCAAGCAGAAACUCACUCGACUAUGCAAGACAACAACAGUAAAAACUAGAUACGUGGUGAUGUCAGAAGAGAUCUUGAAGAAGUACCCAGAGCUAGCAAAGGAAGGUCAACCGACCAUAAAGCAGAGACUGGAGAUUUGCAACAAAGCUGUGACAGAAAUGGCCAUUGAAGCUUCACAAGCUGCCAUUAACAACUGGGGAAGGCCAGCUUCAGACAUUACCCACUUAGUCUAUGUUUCUUCAAGUGAAGCUCGCUUGCCUGGUGGUGAUCUCUUCCUAGCAAGGGGCCUUGGACUCAGCCCUCAAACCCAACGAGUCAUGCUUUACUUCACGGGUUGCUCGGGAGGCGUGGCAGGCCUUAGAGUCGCAAAAGACUUAGCUGAAAACAACCCAGGAAGCCGAGUCCUGCUUGUCACCUCUGAAACCACCAUUAUCGGCUUCAAGCCACCGAGUGUAAAUCGUCCAUACGAUCUCGUAGGCGUGGCACUAUUUGGGGAUGGUGCAGGGGCGAUGGUAAUUGGGAGAGACCCUUUUUUGGGCAUUGAACGACCACUCUUUGAACUCCACACAACAACCCAGAAAUUCAUUCCAGAUACUCAGAACAUAAUCGAUGGGAAACUGUCGGAGGAAGGUAUUAGUUUCACAAUAACAAGAGAACUUCCUCAGAUAAUUGAAGACAACAUCGAAAGUUUCUGUGAGACAUUUCUUCAAACACUUGGGUUACAUGAGAAAGAAUACAACAAAAUAUUCUGGGCAGUACAUCCAGGUGGGCCAGCGAUAUUGAACAGGUUGGAGAAGAGGCUAGAACUGUUACCUGAGAAGCUGACAGCGAGCCGACGAGCUCUGAUGGACUAUGGAAAUGCGAGUAGUAACACGAUCGUGUACGUAUUGGAAUACAUGAUGGAAGAAAGCUUGAAAAUGAAGAUGGAAGGUAGGAAAAUUGAGGAAUGGGGAUUGAUUCUGGCGUUUGGACCUGGGAUUUCAUUUGAAGGGAUUCUGGCGAGGAAUCUUGCCGUAUGAGAAAAAUGAUAGAGUUGAUGCUUACUAUGAAUAUGAAAUUUUCAAUUUCUAUUGUGUGUUAGUUUUUAGAAAUGUUGAAUGGAAUGAUUUGUUUUGGUCUCUA